GAUGCAAUAUAGAAAAAUGUGUCUCAUUCCAAUGACGUCAAGAACCAAAAUAAACAUGGAAAAAUUACGUUUCGUUUGCUAAUGUCAUUGUUAUUUUUGCAGUAAUUAUUGACAAGUUUCGAGUUAUAUACAGUGUUUAAACCAGACAGUGUAUUUGAAUGAUGAGUGAAUCGGAGAAGGAGCCUGUGGUUAUAGAUGAGGUAGUGACACUUGACACAGAGGGUACUGAAGUAAAGUGUGCCAGAGCCGAGUUUGCCACAGUAGUAUUUCAUAAUAUUGCCGAGACAUACCCAGAGGAUGCCCAUAUUGAAUGUAGAUAUACUGUGACCUCUGACCUUGUUCCAACCACCCGGGACUAUGUGGCCCUGUAUAAGGUUGGCUGGAUGUCUCCUAGGGACUACAUCUACUAUGAGUGGGCACCAAUACCGAAGGAUUAUAAAGUUGGAUGUGAUGCUGACUCGAGUGUUAUGUUUCCAGCCCACAAACUUCCUAAAGACGAUGGAGAAUUCUACCAGUUCUGCUAUGUAUCGAGCUCGAACCAAAUAAGAGGUGCAAGUACGCCAUUCCAGUUCCGUCGGCCAGGAGCCGAUGACUUUGUUGAAGUGGAAGAUGAAGAGACAAACAUGCUGGUGAUAAGGUCCAAGACCAUUUACCUGGAGGAAAAUUUGCAACAAGCCCAGUCCCAAAAACAGAAAUUAAUGGAGGCCCAAGAAGCACUUCAGAAAGAAAAAGAUAUUAUCAUCUCAAAAUAUCAAGAAGUCAAAAAUCAGUUGGUAACCAUGGAAACAGAAUGCGUGACAUUGAAAGGUCGUCUGUCAAGUAGUGAAAAUACAGUUGAGCAGCUGAAAAUUGAGGGUCGGGAUAUGGUCACAGUGAGGGAUGAGUUACAGAAAAAGAUUGACAAGCUCAAGAAAGAACAAGUGACCUUGAAUGAGAGGAUAAAUUCACUGACCGCUGACCUUGAUGCUGCAAAUAUGACCAUUGGUAGGGUUACUGACGAAUUGAAAGCUAAAAAGAAAGAAUUGGUGGAACUGCAGUCAGAAAAAGAUGAACUUUCAGGAAAAAAUGCUGUUCUUGAAGAGCAAGCUGAAAUGUUUAAGAAACAUGCUGAAACUACUGAGACUACAGUAGAUCAGUACAGCAAACUGUCUGAGACCUUAGAGAUCAAAUACGCCCAGCAAGAAUCCUUGGUUGACCAUCUCAAGCGUAAUGUUGAAACACUGUCUGCUGAAUUAGAGGAUAAUAGACAAAAUCUAGAGAAACAAACAGCUGUUAACAAACAUGAUAAGGAAAGAGCUGAGAACCUAGAAGAGCGCCUAAAGAAUGCUGAGGAUAAAUUGAUGGCAGCAGAAGAGAGUAAGACAAUUUUGCAGAAAGAAAUCACGACAUUCGAGAUCACACAGCACGAGAUGAGUAGACAAAUAGAAGUAUCAAAGACAGAAUGUGAAAGUCUAAAAAAGAAACUGGUUACUCUAGAGGAAGAUUUCACACAGAAAACUCAGAUACAAACUGCAGAGAUGGAACAAACUCUCAAUGAUGUUUUAUCUACUGUACAGGAGAAAGAGAAACUGCAAAAAGAGAACAGCCAGCUGAAGCAGAGUUUGACGGUGACGAUGGAAAGGUCAGGUGAAAGUCUCGGGUCAAUGUCAAUCAUGAAACAGAGUCUUACACAGAUCAAAGAACGUCUUGAAAAGAAAGAAAAACAGUACAAGGGUUUGGAGAAGAUAAUGAGAGGCAGAGAGCAAGAUUUCUUGGAACGUGAGCGUGAGAUGAGACGUGAAAUUGAGGACCUGAAGGAGAAGAUUUACAUGUGUGGUGAAGAGUAUAAGACACUAUACUUGGAGAAAAGCAAACUACAGAGGAAAGUUCACAGGAUGAGUAAUAAAAGGAAAUCAAAAUCAGAGCAACGUGAAAAACAAGAAGUUGCAGAGAUAAUGGUUGAGAGUGAGACAUCCCAAAAAUCUGCACCAGUAUCAGAGGCAGACACUGAGAUGGGGACAUCACAAGAUCUUGUUGAUGAAGUUGAAGAAUUCGAAAGAGAUUUAGACGAAAAGAUUUUAAAGAAGGAGAAGUACAAGAAAUUGUACAAAGAAGAACAAGAAAAGAUUGAAAACCUAAUCAAGAAGCAUGCAGAUGAGUUGCAAGAAAAGGACUCUGAGAUAGCAAAGUUAAAGAAGAGAUUGAGAGAAGUUCCAAAUGAAUGGGAUUUAAAAUUGAGAGCUUUAGAGAAAUGUGUAACAGAGAAAGAAAUGACCAUAGAAGAUUUGAAUCGCAAGUUGAGGAGUUGUAAUCAGGGACGCAAUGAUGAGACAGGGGCUAGCAUGUUACCUAGAGGAUCAGGGUCACCCAGUCAGGAAGGUAAAUACCCGCUAGCAUGUCAUGAGGCUUUUGGUCAUGAGGCAGUAACUUGGUCACAUGUUUACCCACAUCAAGUUCCAUUACAAUACCAAGUUCCCCAGCCAUAUCCCACUCCAGCUCCGAUAGUGUACCCAUACCCUGUUGUGUACCCAGCACAUGGCCCACAGCAUCAACAGGGACCUCCAGUGCCACCAAGGACCCGUCUUCCAGUCAAAACUGAUGAAAAACAAGACCAGACUGGUGCAGGAGAAGACUUGUCUGUUUUGGAAAGUACUAAUGGAGAAGGUUCAAGUCUUGAGGCACCAAUAAGGCCCCUUCCUGCACCCCUAGAACCUGAGAGAUUACCUUCAGCCAAAGUUGCUGCAGUAAAAUCAACAGCUGCAUUAGAUGAACCAGAUGGCAGAUAUGCUGAUGCAUUUUGCUCGGAGACUGACCUUAAAGUGAAGCUACCAGAAGUACCAAGUGCACCACUGUCAGCCACACUAGAUUUUGUUGGACAAGAUACAAGAGAGGACAGAUUUUAUGAUGCAGAAGGAAGUUCUAUGAAGAUAUGUCCAGAUUGUAACAAGACAUUCCCUGCUGAUGUUGAUGACCAAGUAAUGUUUGAGCACCAAGUGUCACACAUGGGAACAGUGUGUCCACAAUGUAUGAUGCUGAAACCAGAAGAUAUGACAGAUGAAGAUUUCUUCAGACAUGUUAACAAACACUAUGAAGAAGAGGAAAAUGGUCAAAUUUAUUAAUGAGUUCAGAAAAUGAUUUUAUUGACAAUAUUAAUCUUGUACAUAUGACAAAUUUACUAUAAGGAAUAUACUGGAGCAGUACUUUUUUCUAUAACAUUUACAUGAAAAAGCUUUUACAAUACUGAGUUUCACAUAUAAAACUUGUAAAUUUAUAGCUUUGUAUCUCUACAAUAUUGGCAUGGAAUUUAGAAAGACUGGCAUGACUUCACAAGACAUGUUAGAAUGAAAAAAGAAGUAAAACUUUGUCUGAAACACUGGAAAAUUAUCUUUUUAUGAUUUAUUAUAUUUUUGAAGAGACCUAUUCAGCCUCAAUUUGUUUUAAAUAUGAUUUUAUAAACAAGACUGUGGGAACAUUCUGUAUAGUAGAAAAAAAGUAAUAUGAGUUUGAUUUGUAUCAAAGAGGGUCCUUUAGAUAAUGCUUGUGGAGUAUAUUUAAAAUGAACAUGAAAUUGUUAUAUGAUAAAUUUCAAACAUUUGUAUCACAUUUUAAAUGAUUUUAUUUGGGUCAUGGUUUCUAUCAGUCUUGAAAUAAGAGAUAAUUCAUUUUUUAUUUCAUAAAUAUAUUUGUUAUCAUCUAACGAUAUGAAAGAUUUAUUUUAAUCUGUGUAAUUGCCGUUAAAUGACUGUAUUUUUAUGAUGAUCUUGUACUUAAUAUUUUAAACAUGCCAAUUAUGGCUCUGUCUUGUCAGGUUUACAACAAUGUCUAAAUAAGAAUUUUACUGACUAACUCACCUCAGUGUAAGCUAUUGUGAUACGUGUCAUUUUGGAAGUCAACAGUUUCACUGCUACCACUAGCGGUUACAGUUGUUGCACACUAGAGGUCACAGUUGUUGCACAUCUUAGUGGAACGUUUGUAAUAAUGUUUCAGUCUUUAAGUAAAGUCUUGGACACGUGUGAUACAGGGUCAUCUGGACUUGAAAGUAGGUCACUAGGUCAAAAAUUAGAAAAACCUUGAUAACACUCCAUAUGGCACAUUUUGUUCCCAAUUUUCGUUAAAGUUUGUGAGAAUGUAAAAAGAAGCCUAGAUCUGGGAAUAUGAAAUUAAAGAUUGUAUCAUCAUAGUUACAAAUUCUUAGUCAGAGUAUUGUAGAUAGAAGUAUAUAUUCAGUUCUACUGAAUUUUAAUAUUCUCCAAUGAGUUUCGAUAAUUUAGUUUGGAGUUUUGUUAAGUUUCAGUUGAUAAACAUUUGCAUAUGGGAGUGGUGUACAGCAGGAACUUGUUUAAUAUUGAGUUCCUGUUGUAAAUUGUUGUUUAACGAAGUAACCUGAUGUUUAAACUCGCAUAUAUUUGGUUGUUGGUCAAUCGAUGUAAGCAAUUGAAAUUGGCUGUGUGGAUAAUACUAGAGAUAGACAGAAAUGAAUGUUGCUUGCUUAACAUGACUGUGAUAAGUGUUGUGUGAUAGUUUCUUUCGCAUUUGAUUCAUCCCUAGAUUGAACGCAAACCGGCGAAUGUUUUUAGAUUUUGUCUUGGUUGUCUGUCUACUCUAGCUGACUGUCCAGCCAUUUGUCUGUCACAAAGUUGGCUGGUCCAAAAAUGUUUGUUGGAAUGUAAUGAUACUUAACAUUGAAUAUGGGGUGGGGAAGGAGGGGCUAGUGUCGCUGACUUCAAAUCACUUGCCCCUCACUGAUGCAGGUUCGAGCCUCACUGCUUGUGGCAUUGAAUUCUUCAUGUGAGAAGCCAUUCAGCUGGUGCACGGAAGGUCAGUGGUUCUACCGAGAUGCCCGUCCAUGAUGAAAUAAUGCACAGAAGGGCAUCUUUGGUCUUCAUCCACAUUCAAGGCUGGCUAUGUGUUUAUGACAUGAUGACACUAGUUUAUAGUGAAGAUAUGUGUCGGAGAAUAAUUUUCUGAAAACAAGAUGUCAAGCUUCUUGUACAAAUGAAAAUUAAAUCUAAACAUUGAUAGGAUGUGUCAUCAUGUUGUGUUGAUAAAAUGUUUCCCACGUCAGUAAAAUGAAUAAAUAUUUCUUUUGUUGAGACAUCUCCUUUUUUCAUGAAAACAGCUUUUUAUUUGGGUUUAUAUUCAUUUUUCCAUGUUUUGUUAUUCCAUUACAUUUGCUUUUUUUUGCAUGUGUAACCAGUUUUCAUUACUUAAUGUGCUGUUUAUCUUUUGUUUUCCUUUGUAAGACAUCAUAUUCUGGAUGCGGUAAAAUAUUGUUUUAUUUGUUAUUUUAUUUGUUAUGAAUAUUUUUUAAACGGAAUUUACAUUGUAUAUUUAAUAUAAUUCAUCUGGGUUACCAGAAAUGUUUUUUUUUUUAUCAGAGCCAUGUUAAAAUGUCAAUGGAAAAAAAACUAAAUUUUCUUAACUACAUGUUUAUCUCUUUCUGAAUUGGUAGAUGCCCACUGUUAAAUUUACCACUCUGAAGAUGUGCUUAGAUUUUGAAACAUUUUUAUUUUGAGACUCGAAUGCAUUUCAAAAAAAAAUAUAUUGGAGAAGCUGUAGUUAAAUCAUUACUAAUGUAAAAAGUACAUUAUAAUCUGACUAUUCUGUUAUAAUGUUCUUUUCAUUUUGUGCUACUAGAUGGGACUGUAAUUUUGUGCUUCUUCCACUAGUUUGCUGUGUUUAUUAAGGCUGAUUGUUUUGAUUGCAAAAUCGCUUGUUUUGAUAGACAUCAUGACUAAUGUUCUUGACUAGGCCAGUACCUGCCAGAAGAGAUGUUUUAUAAAGUUAAAUUUUUCGACACGUCUUUGAAAAGCCCAGCCUGUUACAGAACUAUUUGUUAAAUGCUUGUAGGAUUUUUAAUGCUGGAAGGAAGUGUUAUUUCAUACAGGUGUAAAAGAAGUAUUAAAACUGAAAUUUUUAAACUUGAAAGUUAAAAAAUUGCAGGAGUAAAUGAGCCAGGCCAUGAGAAAGCCAACAUAGUGGCUUUGCGACCAGCAUGGAUCCAGACCAGCCUGCGCAUCUGCGCAGUCUGGUCAGGAUCCAUGCUGUUCGCUAACAGUUUCUCUAGUUGCAAUAGGCUUUGAAAGUGAACAGCAUGGAUCCUGACCAGACUGCGCGGAUGCGCAGGCUGGUCUGGAUCCAUGCUGGUCGCACACCCACUAUGUUGGUUUUCCCAUGGCAUGGCUCAUAGAAAUCUAAAAGCAUAGAUUAAGAAAUUGUUGCAUACCAGAGGGCUAAUAAUGUGCCUUGGUCGAACCUCUGACACAUUGUGUCUGUACUUUUAGAUAGUUUAUUGAACAGGUUAAAAAGUCAAGCAAUCAGUGAGGUUACGUAACAGAUCAUGAACCAGUUAAAGUCAUCCUGAUAAAAGGGAUCGCAUCCCUUUCAAAGUUCACGCUUUAUUAUGAAAACAUAAUUUAUUUCUAAUUAUGAAUUUCUUGAUAUCCGAUCAGAGCAGUUCUCUUUAUCAAUCAUUUUGUAAGUUUUUUUUUUCAAUUGUUAGCAAAUUUUCUGCUUAGAUGUUACUUGAUUUUUCAAUUCUGCAGGCUGAAUAUAAGAAAACACUGAUAUGCAUAAUUAUAUAAUGUAUAAUAAUUACGUGUGCACAUGCUCACUGGAUAUACAAGGUAAAUAAAUCAGAGGUUCGUCUUUGGAUUAUUAUAAACGUCUGACAAAUGAAAAUAACUUUUUAACCAAUUCAAUGCAAAUGUUUCUGUGGUGUUUUAUAUAACCUACCAACAAACAGUUCAAGAACAUUCAGAUAUCGUAAGCUAAUUGAAAAAUGAUAUGUCAGCCAAUGAGAUCACACAAUAAGUGCAAGAUCUGCAAUGUUCCGAAAAGUUUAUCCUUGAAAAUGAAAGAUUGAGCUGCUGAAGCUAUGUUAAUAAUAGUGAUGCAGAUAGAGACUGGUGUAAGAAUAUAUGUUAAGUAGCUUUUGUUAGGUAUUGGUCUAUUUGCUGGUACACUUGUGUUCUAACUGUUGAAUCACCAUAAUCAUGAAUAAAUGAAAUUUUAGUAA